AUGGGUGUGAACGGCCUUUGGACCGUGGUUCAGCCUUGUGCGCGGCCAACCAACCUUGAGACUCUCAAUCGGAAGCGCCUAGCUGUGGAUGCUUCGAUUUGGAUCUAUCAGUUCUUGAAGGCCGUUCGUGAUAAAGAGGGGAAUGCUCUCCGAAACUCCCAUGUCGUUGGCUUCUUCCGACGUAUCUGCAAGCUGCUCUGGGUCGGCAUCCUACCCGUGUUCGUCUUCGACGGCGGCGCCCCCGCGCUCAAGAGAGCCACUAUCCAGGGGCGAAAGCGCCGCCGUGAAGGACGACGGGAGGAUGCCGUCAAGACUGCUGGCAAGCUCCUCGCAGUUCAGAUGCAGCGCAUCGCUCAAGAGGAAGCAGACAGGAGGAAGCGAGAACGUGCUGCCGACGUGGCAACCCGCGAGGAGAUGAUGGCGCAGGACGAGCUGCCGGACAUGGAAAAUGUGAUGUACGCCGAGGAGUUUGGCAUGUCGCAGCAGGAGCGGCAGCAAGCCCGAAACCGCAAGUUCCGCAAGCAGGAUGCCUAUCAUCUCCCCGAGCUCGAGGGAAGCAUAUCCUCAAUGGGAAACCCAAACGAUCCGCGUAUCAUGAGCGUCGAGGAGCUGGAAGAGUAUGCCCGGCAGUUCAACAAUGGAGAAGACGUCAACCUCUACGACUUCAGCAAGAUAGAUUUCGAUGGCGACUUUUUCAAAAGUCUGCCUCCUGUUGAUAGAUACAACAUCCUAAACGCGGCGAGGCUGCGUAGUCGACUUCGUAUGGGUUUGAGCAAAGAGCAACUCGACGAUAUGUUUCCCGAUCGUAUGGCGUUUUCAAGAUUCCAGAUUGAAAGGGUGAAGGAGAGGAACAACCUCACCCAGCGUCUCAUGCUCGAAGCUGGAAUGACCGGCAUUGACUUGACACUGACGGGAGGUGGCCGGAUCGCUGGCGACAAAGACAGAGAGUAUAUUCUUGUGAAAAACGAUGGCGUUGAAGGCGGAUGGGCCUUGGGCGUUGUGAGCAAAGAGAAGGACAUUGGAGAGGCCCACAAACCAAUUGAUGUCGAUGCCAUUGAGAUUCAGUAUCAGUCAAAGGAUGCUGAAGAAGAAGACGAUGAUGUUGAGUUUGAAGAUGUGCCAAUCGAAGGUUUCAACCGCCUGCCAAAACCAGGAUCGGAGGCGUUCCCGAGCUUUCAGGCACCCACCGAGAUAUCAAUACGGCGCCAACAGUUCUAUCAAGAACGGGAAGAGCAGUCCAAUAUCGACGGCGGUGCGGGCGAAGAGUCCCUCUUCGUCGGUGGUCAUAGUGAUGAAGCUGCCCGCAUUCUCCACCAACGAACAGACGAGUACGAACACCAGGAUGAAGCAGAUGACAUAGAAAGAGCCAUCGCUCUCUCUCUACAGAGCCAACACGGUGCUGGAACAUCUGCACCUGAAGAGGCUGAAGAUGAGCCAGAAGCGCCAGCGCCCAAAUGGACACAAAGAUCUGUGGAGCCAGCGAGGGCCAUCACAGGAAGUACUGGCUCCGUUAUUGCACACGUGGUGAAUAAUCGAGCUAGUGCUGCUGUACCGAAGAAACAAGAAAGGGCGGAUCCAGGAAGUGAUAGUGAAGAGGAUAUGAAUGCCAUCAUGGCCAAGUCACGAAAUAAGAGGAACCCCCAACAAGGCCCCCCCAAACCCAUUCUCGAGAACAAGAAAAAUCCAUUCGAUGGCCCUCUGCCCUUCCCUAAACUAGACUUUUCCUCUCUCUUCUCCAAUCGGUCUAAAACAAAACCAAACCAACCCACCGAAACCGACCCUCAUAACGCCUCGCAAACAGUACAGGACGGGGACCCAGAGGACGAUCUUGCAGGUGGAUUUGAAAGGCAAGAUGACGACAAGCCAAAACCCCUCCCGCCUUGGCUAGCAGAUACUACUGAUAUCAGGGAUGCCCUGCAACAGCAGCGGAUCGCAGAGAGAAGCAUCAACACAGAAGACAGGCAAGAGGCGGAAGAAGAACGAAGGCUUAGGGAGCGAGAAAUGCGUAACACAUUAAUUGAAAUUGAGUCUUCCUCUGGGGAGGAGAGCGACGUUGAGUUUGUCGAGAUCGUGGAGAAACCCGAAUCGCCACAACAUAAAGCACCUGAACCUCAAAGUCAACCUUCCGAUUCAGAUAGCCGCCUCGAAGCCACAAACGACUUCUCAAAUCAGGAUGUCAAGGAUCAACCUGAGGUAUCUAAGCCAACUAAAGAGUCGCUUUCAGUCGAGGAAGAAACGCCGGAGGUCGUUCCAACCCCAGUCAUACCGGAUGCAAAUGAAAUGGAAACAACUCGCCCCGGUUCAAACCAAGAGCCAAAGGAACCAGAAGACAUCAACGUCACAGAGAGUCAUGUCGAGGAAAAACCGGACGGUGUAGCUGAGCAACGAGUAUCGGAAUCACCAGAGCCAGAAUUUGAAGACGUCACAUUCGAAGACGUGCCUGUAGCCCAAAGCCCGAUCGCAGAUCUCAACGUCACUCAAGCGGAUGCCGGGACAAAUAAUGUUGACGAUGAUGACGAUCUCUUUGCAGACGUGGAGUAUGAUGAGUUCAGUGACCCGGGAGACGAAGAGCUAAUGGUACAACUGGCGGAGGAAGCAGAGGAACAUGCCAGAUUUGCGAGCGAACUCAACCAAAAGUCCGCUCAACAGAACAAGGAGGAUUACGAGAGAGAGCUACGGCAGCUACGAACUCAACAGAAAAAGGACAGGCGAGAUGCAGAUGAGGUCACGCAGGUGAUGAUCACAGAGUGCCAAGCCCUCUUGCGGCUGUUUGGGAUACCUUACAUCACCGCCCCAAUGGAAGCCGAGGCUCAGUGCGCUAAGCUAGUGAGCCUGGGGCUUGUCGAUGGCAUCGUGACAGAUGAUUCGGACACGUUCCUGUUCGGGGGCACACGUGUCUACAAAAACAUGUUCAGCACGAAUAAGUUUGUCGAAUGCUACAUUGCUUCAGACCUCGAGAAGGAGCUCUCGCUCUCGCGCGGGGAGCUCAUCUCGCUCGCGCAACUGCUUGGUUCUGAUUAUACGGAGGGCAUAAUCGGCGUCGGCCCUGUGACAGCUGUCGAGAUCCUAUCCGAAUUUCCCGGGAAAGACGGCCUGGAGAGCUUCCGAGAAUGGUGGAUGUCCGUCCAGUCUCAGACUCGGCCAAAGGACGCAGAUGCAUCCUCGCCGUUCCGCAAAAGGUUCCGGAAGAACCAGGCGACAAAGCUAUUCCUACCAACGGGGUUCCCAAACAGUGCCGUGUACGACGCAUAUCUUUAUCCAGAGGUUGACGACAGCACCGAACCCUUCCAGUGGGGCGUGCCGGAUGUCGACGGCCUACGGCACUUCCUCAUGGCAACCAUUGGGUGGAACAAGGAGCGGACAGAUGAGGUCCUGGUUCCCGUGAUCAGGGGCAUGAACAAACGUGAAUUAGAAGGAACACAGAGUAACAUCACCCGGUUCUUCGAGGGCAGCGUCGGCGCAGGGGCGAGGGAUGCGUUUGCACCCAGGCAGCGAGCGCAGGGUAGUAAGAGGCUGCUCGCCGCCGUGGACAAAUUAAAGUCAAAGACCCCGAUCGUGCUCAGUUCUGAUCGGAAGAAGACUGCCGCGGGCAAACGAAAGCGGAGCGCCGCUGCUGGAAGCGCAUCGAAGGAUGCUACGCCGAUAAGUGAUGCGGAAGAAGAUGAGGAAGAGGUGGAUGCUCCGGAACAACCAAGUAGAGGAAAAACGAAACGUACAAGAUAA